AUGGCAUCAAAAGGCCCCCUCUACAUCGGGUUCGACCUCUCUACCCAGCAAUUAAAAGGCCUGGUGGUCUCGUCAGACCUCAAGGUCGAAUAUGAAGCCAAGUUCGACUUUGACGCCCACUCGCACGGCUUCGAUAUCAAAAAGGGCGUCAUGACCAACGAGGCCGAGCACGAAGUCUUUGCUCCCGUCGCUCUCUGGCUGCAGGCCCUCGAUUGGGUGCUCAGCACACUCAAGGAUCAGGGCCUGGAUUUUGCGCGUGUCAAAGGUAUUAGCGGCGCUGGCCAGCAGCAUGGUAGUGUGUAUUGGAGUCGGGAUGCUGCGGGCUUGUUGCAGGGACUGGACAAGACCAAGACCUUGCAGGACCAGCUCGAAGGGGCCUUUUCCCAUCCCUUCAGUCCCAAUUGGCAGGAUGCUAGUACGCAGAAGGAGUGUAAUGAGUUUGAUGCCUAUUUGGGAGGACCCGAGGAGCUUGCUCAGGUUACCGGUAGCAAGGCCCAUCAUCGAUUCACCGGCCCUCAGAUUCUUCGUUUCCAGAGGAAAUACCCAGAGCAGUAUAAGCAAACCUCGCGCAUCUCCCUGGUGUCCUCGUUCUUGGCCUCGCUCUUCCUCGGCACCAUCGCGCCCUUUGACAUCUCGGAUGUCUGCGGUAUGAACUUGUGGAAUAUCAAACAAGGCGCAUGGGACGGCCGCUUACUGAAGCUGUGUGCGGAUACAUCUGGUGUCGAUGAUCUUAAGCAGAAGCUUGGAGAUGUGCCCGAAGACGGUGGUCUCCAUCUGGGAAAGAUCCACAAGUACUUUGUGGAGCGUUAUUCCUUCAAUCCGGAUUGUACCAUCAUUCCUUUUACUGGGGAUAACCCGUCUACAAUCCUGGCGCUUCCCUUGAAGCCUUCCGAUGCCAUGGUAUCGCUGGGAACCUCUACUACGUUCUUGAUGUCGACCCCGAGCUACCAGCCCGACCCUGCCACUCACUUCUUCAACCAUCCGACUACACCGGGGCUAUACAUGUUCAUGCUGUGCUACAAGAAUGGAGGGCUUGCUAGAGAGCACGUGCGUGACGCGAUUGACAAGAAAGUGGGAGAAAGUGUGCCGAGCGGUUCGUGGGCCAAUUUCGACAAAGCUCUCCUCGAGGCCCCCGCCAUGGGCCAGAAGAGCGCCUCGGAUCUGAUGAAGAUGGGUCUCUUUUUCCCGCGCCCUGAGAUUGUACCCAACCUGCCGUCUGGCCAAUGGAGAUUCAAUUACCAGCCACAAGACAAGAGCGUCACCGAGACCACUGCUGGCUGGGACCAGCCCCUCGGCGAAGCCCGUGCCAUUGUCGAAAGCCAGUUCCUGUCCCUUCGGCUCCGUUCCCGAGGACUCACCACGCCUCCUGCCAAAGGUCUCCCCGCCCAGCCCAAACGGGUUUAUCUUGUCGGUGGAGGAUCCCGCAACAAGGCGAUUGCCAAGGUGGCCGGCGAGAUCCUGGGCGGCCACGACGGGGUGUACAAGCUCGACGUCGGCGAGAAUGCAUGUGCGCUUGGCGCCGCAUACAAAGCGGUCUGGGGCAUUGAACGGCAAGGAAACGAGACCUUUGAGGACCUGAUUGGGAAACGGUGGCGUGAAGAGGAGUUUGUCGAGAAGAUUGCAGACGGCUAUCAGCCCGCGCUGUUUGACCAGUACGGCAGCGCAGUGGAGGGCUUCGAUCGCAUGGAGAAGCAGGUCGUGCAGGAGGAAGAGUCUCGCAGGAGGCGUGGCAACUAA